GAUGAUAGAGCCAGACCCCCCGGACCACCACUACCCGGACCCAAACCCGGACGAAGAUUUUGUUGAAAAUUCGGAAAAACGAGUUCAGACGAGAACAAUUAAGGAUUAAUUAGUAUUUAGUGUGUGAUGGAAAUUAGUGAACCUCAAGUCGCAUGCCGCACUGAUUCGUCAGUCCUCGUCGGAGUCGGAAUUUUGCGUUUUCUUUGAGUUCAGUUAGCAAAAUAGCCCUCAAAAUGUCUGUGGUGCGAACGAAAGUUCUCGGUUUGGUGGACGUGAUUAUGCGAGUGCCGAGCUUGUUUAUCAUCGACGAAAUCCUCAAGAUGGGCUUGGGCGUUCCGCUAGCCAAAACUCCUCUUCAGUCGGCCAACCACACGACCCAGCUGCAGCCUUCGAUGCUGUUAAUGCCUUCCGCCGAGGAAGACCGAGGAGGGGUGGAGGACAACAUCGAGCUCUACAAAUUCAUCUCGAUGUCCGUGCUGAGGUUCCUGCUCUGCUCGUUCGGUGCUAUCAGUGCAACAUGCGUGUUUAUGCUCUGGACAAGACAUUUAGUAAUAGUAUAUAUGUACGUGAUAUCCGUCGGAUUGAUAUUCUUGUCGUACUGGAGCAAUGUCUCAGCCUUGUCGCUAAUAUCGGACAGUCCCAGCCUACUCGAGGACAUGCUAUCACUGAACACGGAACGUUUGCUCGAUCCCGGUGGCGUACUAUUUUCGAUACUACCGCAUCUGGUCGCGCAAUGGCUCAUGGGAGUCAUCUUCGCCUAUAUUCAUCUGGGACCUAGGUAUAAAAUCACGCAAAAGGCCCUACCGAUUAGUUUCCUGAUGCCACUGCUGCUUGCCAUGCUUCCACUGCCCUCGGUGGUUCUGAAGCAUUCUCCAGCGUUUGCCGCAGUAUUGCCACUGGUACUGUCGAAAAUUGCGCUUUGGAGUUCAUCCUUCGAUGUUGUCAAAACGAUCCUUAGCGGAUACCAACACGCGAGGGCUUACGCAGGGAAUUUUGGUAUCGCCACGCUCAUCGAAAACGAAUGGCAGCGACUCAACGUACCGUCCGUGCUGCGCGUUUUCUGGAGCAUCCGUAUAGCCGAACAUUUGAUCAGUCUGCUGAUGUCUUCGGACGCGCCGCUUUACUUUGCGGCCACGAUGAAGACGCUGCUGGUGAGCGGCUGUGAAACGCUGACCGCCGUUCUCGGGAUGACCAGCAUUAUCUCGCUCAUCUGCCACUACAUCGGCAAGAUGGUGCAGCUAUUCCUGCUUUCCGAGGACUACGACGAGGACAAAUCGAUUGGUACGGUCUCGGCAAUACUGUUCUACAUUCUGGCGCUCCAAACAGGUCUGACCUCGCUGUCGCCAGACAAACGCUUCGUUAGAUUGUGCCGCAAUAUGUGUUUGCUGGUGACGGCUUUGUUGCACUUUCUGCACAACAUAGUUGCACCCAUACUAAUGUCACUGAGUGCCGCCCGCAACCCUUCGCGAAAGCGACACGCACGUGCGUUAAUGGUGUGUGCUUUCCUUCUAAUCGCACCGAGCUCACUGCUCGCUGUGUUAUGGUCACGCCACACACUUUCUACGUGGCUACUAGCCGUCACGGCUUUCUCGGUGGAAGUGAUCGUAAAGGUAUUGGUUAGUUUAGCAACCUACACCCUCUUCCUGCUCGAUGCCCGGCGUCAUACGUUCUGGGAGAAGCUGGACGACUAUGUGUACUACAUCCGCGCAUUCGGUAAUUCAGUGGAGUUUUGCUUUGGUAUUUUCCUGUUUUUCAAUGGAGCUUGGAUAUUGAUAUUCGAAUCCGAAACGAUUCCCAUAGGCGGUGCUAUACGCGCACUGAUGAUGGGCAUCCACGCGUACUUCAACAUCUGGUGCGAGGCCCGAGCUGGUUGGGGUGUGUUUAUGAAGCGCCGGACAGCUGUGCACAAGAUAUCAUCCCUUCCUGAGGCGUCCGUCUCCCAAUUGAGACAUUUUGAUGACGUGUGUGCUAUUUGCUACCAGGAAAUGACGUCUGCCAAGAUCACACGUUGCAAUCACUACUUUCACAGUGUAUGUCUGCGAAAGUGGCUUUACGUGCAAGACCGAUGCCCGUUGUGUCAUGAGAUCAUUAUGAACCAGGAUGGAAGCCCCGGUGAAGAGACCGUCCCCGAUGAGCAUGUGAACGAAAAUGAGCAUGCACCAGAUGCGGCCUCGCAGGCGUCGCAUCAAAAUAGUCUUCAAGGCGCUAAUAGCAUCCCGAGCACGACUAACGCCGCAGGGAGACAAUCGACAACGAGUCCUUCGCCUAUAGCGAAAGACAGCCAGAAAAGCGCCGUUGCAUCUGCUGUGGUAGCUCCUAAGGGCGAAAGCAUGUCGCAUAGCUAUUCCUCUAGUGCCGAGAGUAGCAGCAGCAGCAGCAGCAGCAGCAGCAGCAGUAGUGCAGCUGGAGAGAUUGGAAGCAGUGGGAGUACAGGAACUGUAGGUGGAUCCCUAUCUUAUCGACCGCUAGGCUCGGCUUCAACGCUUUCUUUCUCGUUUCGGCACCGCCAUGUUCUACUGCAACAGCAGCCGCAACAGAUGCAAUCAAUCGGCAACCUUAGUCAGUCCACUCCUAUCAAUGAUGCGCCUUCUAGAGCGCAAAUGGAGUUUCUUUCAGGACGGAUAGCCUCAGAACCAACAACGGCAUCGUCGGCAUCUGGUACUUCCGAACAGCGGACGGCACCUGAUCAUCGAUCAUCAGUUUCGAUGAAGAGUGAAUACCUCGACGAUGUACAAUAGAUGACACUUGAUCAUACUAGAUACCCAGAACUGAACCCAAGAUUACAACAUGCUAUCCAAGAGGCAUAUAGUCUAGUGAAUGUGAUGUGACACGGAUUGUGCCAGGUCGGAUCUAUAUAGAAACUAACUGCCCGGUGUGGAGAGGAGGCAUUGUGUAGAUAUUGGUCAAAGCUUUGUAUAAGAAUGUGAUCCCCCAGGGAUUUGAUGUGCUGUUAAGACUAUGAAAAAUAUGACUUACAGGCUUGGCAGCGCAAUGUUUCUAUAUUCAAAGUUAAAAACGUCUUAUCGAGAAUGCGACAAUGCUAGCAGAGGUCGUGAAUCGUAAGGAAACGGACCAUUGAGGGUGAAGGAUAAUCUGGACAGGCUUAUUAACCACGGCGAUGGAUAUUCUUUAUCCAAAACGAUCGUUUGUAUCGGCAUGGUUGCGUUUGCGUAAUUAUGCGGUAAUGACAAGGGUCUCUCCCUUAAUUGUCGGUGAACAAAAGGGCGACCCAAGUGUUGUGUAAUGUAUACUCCCGGCUGGAUAGAGCUGGACAGCGAGAGUAGAGAAAUCGCAGAAUAGCAGCACGAAAGUCUAUUCAGCAAUCGCCUGUUCCAUCGAUGUUCAAUAUGCGCCACAAAUGAAUGUCUCACUACACAAAGAACAUAAUUACCGCGUAAGGAAACCAGAGCAGGUGAAGAAAAAAAGGUGUAUUUAACGUGUCCAACUGGUGACUGUGACCCCUCUUGCCCCGUCCUUCACGCUCCGUGCGUAAUUGUUCCUCUUCAUUUAUUGUAUAAAUUGAAUAACAAACAAUGGGGCAAGUGUUUAGAACCCUCAUUGAUGAUACUCCGCGCCGUGAAAAUGAUUAGUUGGCAUGAAAGUAAAGAAGGAUCUAUAAGCACAAUCGACAACAAAACCAUUGCCACGCUGUUCACGCUGAUAAUGCCAUUAAGCAAUAAUUCUCGAAGUUUUCUUGCGUUGGAUGUUUAUUUUAGAUUACUGUUUUUUUUUUAAACCCUGCCAGUCUCCAACUUUUCCUUUUCCGUGGUCUUUUAUUCCUUACAGCAAAACUCCCACUAGGGACUGUGUACAUAUUGGUGAUACGCAAACAGCCGGCUAACUGGUAAGCCACAAAAAAUGUGGAAAUAUGAGGUGAUAUAUAAUAAAAGAAAAGGCUAAAUCCUUAGUGCGUAA